AUGGCAGGUGAAGGCAUACAGGAGCUCCCUGUGGACAACAGGCAGAUCGAUGCGCGUAGUAUCGUCACCCUGAUUGUGUUCUUCGUCGUUAACGCACUAGUCAUCUUUCCCCUCUCCAUCCCACUCCCCUACUUCUUGUCCAACGCCCUCUCCAAGCUUUUCCACCGAAACAAAAGCGCGCCCGCCGCUCCUCGAAGUACAGCAACCAAGACUCCCGCGGCCACCGAGCCAGACGAGAAGUCUCGGACCGUCGUCACUGCCGGUGCAUCAACGGAAACCUCUGCCUCUCCCGCAGGCGCCCGGGACGUCGAGCGCGAGCAAGAGAAAGCACAGGCUGGCGCCGCUUUGAGCAAGAGAUGGCACUUUACACUUGGGCUGGAGACUGCUCCUGUCAUCGGCGUGAUUCUGCUUCUCGCUGCGACGUGUAUUGAUGGAGAGGUGUUGAGGGAUGGGAUUGUGGGUAGGGGCGGGGUGAGGCCUUAUGAUAUCAUGACUUUGUUCAUAUCAUUUGCGUACAUCGCCCUAUCUCUAGACCGAACCAAUCUCCUCCGCUAUCUCGCCUUUAUUGUCGCAUCCAAAUCCGCCUCCUCCGGCCGCAAACUAUACAUCUCCUUCUUCAGCUUCUUCUCCCUUCUGGGUUUGAUUGUCGGAAACGACCCCCUCAUCCUCUCCGGGACGCCCUUCCUCGCUCACUUCUCUCGGCUCGCCUCCAUCCCCGACUCCACCGCCUACCUCUUCACCCAAUUCCAAACCGCCAACCUCGUCUCGGCCCUCCUGGUCUCUUCCAACCCGACCAACCUCGUCUUGACGUCCGCAUUCGGCAUAUCGUUCCUCUCGUACUCGGCAUGGCUCGCUCUGCCCACUAUCGCGUCCCUCAUCGUGCUGUUCCCGGUCCUGCGAUGGGUCGUAUUCCGGAAAGAAGGGAUGAUUCCCCGGAAACUCACACCCCCGACAAAUGAUCCCGCCAAUGCCCUGCACGAUCCCUGGGGCGCUUUGAUAGGCGGGGGGCUGUUCCUCGUGACCAUCAUUUGCCUGAUUGCGCUUUCGGCGGUAGGGAAGCUCGAGGGGGUCGAGGGGGUAUGGACGGUGACUGCUCCUGCGGCGAUUCUGAUCUUGAUCAGGGACGCGGUGCAUGAUCUGAUGAAGAGGAAAGAGGGGCGCAAGGAGGGAUCCGUCAAACCUACUGCAACUCGGACCUCACCUACUCCGUCUCCCUCGCGCUCUCCAUCCCCCGCCCCCACCACUGCCUCUCCCGCGCAAGCCGCAGGAGGAACCAUAUUCCACCGCCUCUUCCCGACCGUAACCGACAUCGUGACGCACCUGCCCCUCACCCUCAUACCUUUCGCAUUCGCCAUGUUCAUGCUCGUCGAGUCACUCCAGCACACCGGCUGGAUCAGGGUAUGGGGCGGCUGGUGGGCUGCUUGGGCGGAUGUCGGGGGCGUACCGGGCUGUGUGUGGUUGAUGGGCAUGAUCAGUGUGAUUGGGUGUAAUAUUUUUGGGACCAACAUCGGCGCUACUGUUUUGCUUUCACGCGUUCUGCAACAAUGGGUCUCGAUCCGCAGUGGCGCAGUCUCCAAUCGCCAGCUAUACGGCUCGGUCUUUGCCCUUGCCGUAGGUUCCAACUUUGGCGCCUACUCUUUCGUCUUCCCUGCAUCGCUAGCCGGUCUACUUUGGCGCCAUCUCCUCAAGCAAAAAGACAUGGUCAUUACCCGUAAACAGUUUGCCAAGUGGAAUUGGGUCAGUCUGAUCGUGACGAUGAUCGUGGGGUGUUUGGUCGUCGCGGGCGAAGUGUGCGUUAUGUACGAGUCGUGA